UCAGUGUUGUCUGUGAAAGGAGUUCCUUGAAUAUAAAUCGUUGUUUUCUUGGCGGUACCCUCAGUCUGCGCCCUAAGCCCAAGAAAUGACGGUCAGAUACACGGUGGUUUCUCUUGUUCUUUCAUUCAUCAUAGCCGUGGAGGUGCAAGGUCAGAGGGGUCUGACGGGAAACAACUAUGUGGAAAAGCAGCUCUUGUGCGCGCUGGACAAGGCGCCCUGCGAUAACCUGGGCAGGCAGAUUAAAGAUGCUCUACCCGAGAUAAUUGGAAACAACUGCAAAUCUUGUGACCAGAAGCAAGUGGCGAAUGCAAAGAGAAUAGCCAGAUUCGUUCAAACAAAAUAUCCAGACGUAUGGAAUGCCUUAAUAACGAAGUAUACUGCCAACUGAGUUCAAUUCUUUAUGAAGUUAGGCGUAAUAAGUAUAAAAAAAAAGUAUGGCCCAUGGGGGGAUCGAACCCACGACUUUCGCGUUAUUAGCACGACGCUCUAACCAACUGAGCUAAUGGGCCAGUGGCAGCACUUUUCCCUUCAGUUUAAAUAAGCGAAAAUACAGUUUCAUUAUAUUUUUUCUGAAUAAUAUAUUACUGAAAUUCAAUUUAAUCGACAUUUAACAACUUCAGGUACCUUGAUUUCCUAAAAUUCAUUAUAGUGUAAGUAAGAUUUGAAUAAGUGUGUUUAAAUUGAUCAUAUCAGUCGUAAGUUUUAAAAUAGAUCUUGUAUUAUCUCCAACUUUAUUAUAACUGUCUUACACUUACACUUAAGUAUAUAUAAUUAUAUUAUUUCAUUAUGUACAAACUACUUUUAUUUCGUCAGUGUGAUUUCGAUUUCAUGUUAGAUUAGAUUAGUUUAGUUGUAAUUUCCAACCAAAAUAGGGUUUAUUAAAUAUCCUGUAUUAGAGCUUGUUGACGUAAACAAUGAUUAAUUUGAAUAUAGACUUGAACUCAAUGCCAAAAAUUUGUGAAAUAGUUUCUACUUUAACCUUUUAUAGACACGUAGUUCUUUAAGUAAGCAACAAUUGUUGUAAUAAAAAUUAUUGUAUUUUGUUUUUCUAAUAAUAUUAUACUUAAUAUUUCUGUUUAAAAUAUGGUUUAAAUUUAUUGUAGUAUGAAUUAUUAUAUAAGGGAUGAUAUAAUAAAGCAACAAGUAAGGUAUUUAGUUACUUAAAUUUUAAAUGCAUACCUAUUUUGAUUUAUUAUAAUUAUAAGUAUACUUACAUUGCAUAGGUACAAAUCGGUAUUCUUGUAUGGCAUACACAUAAAAAAUUUGUGAAAAACACACUAAAUAACUGGUUAUUUUAAUGUCACCUAAGGAAAUUGCUAUACAGGAUAACAUUGCAUCCUAGUGGGGACUCGAGCAUUGUAAUAAUCCUGGUAUUGAUAUUUUAAGCUUCAGUUGAAUAACUAUUGAAAUAUCCUGCUCAUCAGUCAUAUUUAAAUAGAAUUUUUAUAACUUCUUUACAUUCUGUUGAAAAUUCCUGCAAUUUAAAACGUUAUACUUACAAUGUACUUUUAACGUUGUAUUAACCGAAACUACUUAUUUAACGUUUUUUAAAUCUCCAUGUUCUCACUGGGAUACAACUAAUGAUCUAGUAUAGUAUAAUUUUAAAUACAAUUUUUUAAUAUAGUAUUGACUAAAGCAAA